CUGCGCUCUCAAUUUUCACAGCGCGGGAUGGUUUUCUCUAUAUUUAUUUUGGUUUCCGCUGCUGGUUAGGUUUUUACUGUUUUUCAUGAUUGUUGGUGAAGUCUUUCCAAUUUUCUUUUCUAUUGAUAGCUUCUCUAUGAUCGGUGGCUCUUGUUUUUGUUUUUGUUUGGCUUUCUUCAAUUUGGACUGAGACUCGUGGCAUAUACGCACGCCAUGGAUGGCACUGGGAGGUAUUUUGACUCUUCAUUUUCAUUACCCUUGUUUGUUUUGUUCCGGUUUCGCUUCUACGUGAACUCUUUGUUUUUUAUUAUUCCAUAUAUAACUUUUCAAGAGGCGUUGUUUGGAUGUCAGUUCGCAGUCUGCUACUUAACCUAGACUCCAAGUUUGUGACUGUAACCAAUUCUGGUAUAGAGGCUAUUCAACGCUUAGAGUACGGCCGCGCGUAAAACUGCGUCAUUUAACCAAUUGCUGCAUACUAAGUACAUUAUUUUUCUACCAAGUAUACUUUGCCAUGCACAUCAUGCAUAGAUAAGGUUGGUGCUAUAGCAGAGCCUAUCUAGUGCGCCGCCACCAUCUACAUAACUCCAACGUGGAAUGCGACCGUAAAAUUUGGGCUCGAUCCAACGGCUUCCAUUUGAGUGUCAACAGCAGUAGGAAUGGUGUCUAUCUCCGGCAAAAGCCAGAAGAGAGUUGUAAUUAAUUUUGUACACAAUGACGACUUUUGACACCCAGCCUCCUUUUGCUCCUCUGCUUUUAACAGUCUCCCUCGGUACUGUAAAUACUACUGUACCCUGCCAGAAGGGACCCUCUACCUAUCUCUAGCCAUCUACUGUAGCCUUACUUUCGGCAGAAAGUGGCAGGCUCGACGCCGGGCGGCAGGCGAUGUAACCCAGCGGUCAAACGUGGCAACUUUGGACUUAACCUUGUGUACGUAGAAAUAGCCCAGUCAUCUGGUCUUUAGGCUGCUUACUGGCGUCAUACAUCACCUGCCCGCCUUGGCCAAGAGAAAGGCGAGGUGGUUCCCCGCGAGACAUACACAUUCUCCCUUGCAUCGGGAUACUCGGCGCCCCGAAGAACGGACACACACAUACACGCACAAAAUAGUGUUUUUUUUUGCUUUGACACAUGGCAUCAUGAUGACUCGUUCUACUGCGUGAACUAGUAAUACUAUACUAAAAAAAAUAACAAACAUAAGCUCCCAACCAAGGCUAGCGGCGGCGCGUAUGUCUCUGAUUUUCCCAGCCUGCAUCGACACGCGUAGCCAACCAGGCGCAGCAGAUUCAUGUUUUUGCUGUUUUAAUCAAGAGACACGGCACAAGCGGCCCAGACCCUUCCCUUGGCCCUUCUGCCUGGUCAAGCACACACACACCGCCGCGGUUGCGACACUGUUUCGUGUUCGUAGGAUGACGACCAGAGACAGUGUGCCCACCAAAUCAAACAGCUCUGUAGCCUGCCCGCCUUUUCUUUUUCUUCUUCCUCCUUCUAGACUUGAUAAGAAAAUAACAUAGCUCGCCCCUUUCUGUCGUCAUUAAACUCUUUCAUCUCCUUGACUCGAUUGCCCUGCAGCGCCCCCAUUUACAUCGCUGUGCACCACACUUAACCAAAGUUCGGACGACUCGUAACAGAACAUAGCAAAGCCCCCUUGCAUCCGUUUAGCUGCACCUGCUGCUUAGCUGGACGAACCAAAGACCACUAUGGAUCGCCUUUGAGGUUGCGUUGACCCGCUCUGCUGCACCUCUAGGCUGGUGGUGGCUGAAUACAACAUCAGUCAAACCCGAGCUGGCUGCUGCCCUAUUUCUUGGUUUGCUGUUAGGCAAGCCAGCCUAUUCAUAAACAAGGCUGUGCCUCCUUGGACUUCUCAACCGUCGAGAGUUUGCCUUGUUUAGAAUUGUGAGGGUGCCGCCGGCAGAUAUACACCAUUAAACACCAUCAUCACCACCACCAUCACCACAACGGCAGCACCAUGACCAACGGUACUUGGGCUGACCUUGUAACCUGGGCCGUAUUUGGCCUUUCGACACUCAAACCGACGCCCUCAGUCUCGCAGGCCGACGCCCCGAUAGGAACCAGAGUCACCAUCGACUCGGGCGUCAUCGAAGGCCUCACCGGACAGUUCACCACCGCCGACGGCGCUCCCCGCGUCAACGAAUAUCUUGGAAUUCCCUUUGGACGUAUUCCGCGCCGAUUCGACCGAGCCGAGAACCCGCGGAAAUGGUCCGGCAUACUCGAUGCCACCGAAUAUAGAACCACAUGCCUCCAGCAGUUUAGCUACCCCGAGGAUGCUAGAGAGCGAACCAUCCGAUUCUUUGAUACACCAGCUCCCCCCACCGACGAGGGGGAAGACUGCUUACAUCUCAACGUAUAUACCCCGGCUGACGCACAGCCCGGAUCCAAAGCUGUCAUAUUCUGGCUAUAUGGUGGUAGCUUCAAAUUUGGAUCGGCUGCGUUGCCCUUAUAUACCGGUGCGGGCAUUGCCGCUCAGCAAGAUGUCAUUGUGGUCACGGCCAACUACCGCACCAAUGUCUUUGGAUUCCCCGGAUCGACCGAUAUCCCCCUUGACCAGCGAAACCUGGCCUUUUACGACCAGCGUUUGGCACUGGACUGGGUGCAGCGCAACAUCGGCGCCAUGGGUGGUGACCCGAACCGAGUAACCAUCGUUGGAGAGUCAGCCGGCGCCGGAAGCGUUGAUAGCCUUGUCACUCUCCCUCCUGAUCCCAUUCCGUUUUCUGCUGCCAUUAUGGAAUCGGGCCAAAAUUCAGUAUACAUUGACAAGAAGGACUCGGUCAAGUCCUGGGCUGAGCUUGUUGUCCGCGUCGGAUGCGACAGAGCCUUCAAUGAACUCGACUGCAUGCGCAGAGUCCCAGCGACUGACCUUCUCGAAGCCGAAGAAAAGGCCCAACUCACGUUCUGGCCUGUACCCGACGAUAUCACAUGGGCCAAGCGUGCCCGCAUCAACCGGCUGCAGUCGCGCGACGGCAACAGCAAGAUUGCCCGCGUGCCAAUCCUAAUUGGCUCCAACGCGGAUGAAGGCACAUUGUUGCAGUACGGCAAAUCGCCGGAGGAGCAGAAGAAAUAUGGUCUGCUUGCGUUCCAGUGCCCAGCGGCCGUGGUUGCCGACGAAAGUCACGCUGUGGGCAUUCCGACAUGGCGAUACUACUUCAACGCCUCCUUUCCUAACACACAAUUCUUCGAGGGCGCUGGAGCCUACCACUCGUCGGAGAUUUCUCUCAUCUUUGGCACAUUUCCGAUCAAGGGCACUACGCCGGGACAGCGCGUGCUGAGCGCAAAGAUGCAAAAGGCGUGGGCUGACUUUGCAAAGAACCCAACGGCCGGGCCGGGCUGGGAUCAGCAGCCUGCUCUAGGUAUUAUUGACGGAGCGUCAGCGACAAUUCAGAAUGUCAAGGAUCGCUCGAGACUUGAUGCGAUUGAUAAAGGCUGCGCGGCGAACAAGCUGCUUUACGAUCUGAUAUCACUCUUGCAGUAAAAGAGAAAUUAGGAAGGUGGAGCGUAUAUGAAAUCAAACCGUGUGUUCUGGUUAUUUUGGUACAUAUCGAGUAGAUAAUUGUAAAUAAUCAUAAUAGUGAUACAUAUAGAUGAAUAAUGAUCAUAUAAGCUAUAGCGCGGGUGUUGAAGGGGACAAGUGCUCAACAGUGUUAUGUAU